AUGGAGAAGAGUACCGAGAAUCAAGCAUCACUUAAUAAUUCAUCGGCCCCAAUUCUUACACCUGAUUCGAAUCAGAAUUCGGCAGCUCUACAAGAUUUCGACAUCCAACGACGAAUUAGUACAUUUGGUCUUGAUGAGCCGAAUGGACUUCAAUCGUGGGGAUCAUUUCAAACACGUAAAAGUGUUGGAGGCAAUAACUUGGCUUUGUUCGAAGAGCCAAGUGUACCGUUCGUUAGCUCAUAUCUUAGAGCCUAUACAACACCGGGGCCAAGAGAGCGUGAAGAGAGUAAAAAUACGAAGGCUGCGUUGGGUGUGAUGCUUGGUGUAUAUUUACCAACGAUUCAGCAUAUCCUUGGUGUAACAAUGUUUAUUCGUUUAUUUUGGGUGGUUGGCAUUGCUGGUGUUGCACAAACGUUUCUACUCUUGUUCCUAUGCUGUCUUUGUACUUUUCUAACGUGUAUAAGUCUAUCGGCUGUCGCAACCAAUGGUGUAGUCGAAAGUGGCGGACCAUACUUUAUGAUUUCCAGAAAUCUCGGUCCCGAAUUCGGUUCAGCUUUGGGCAUCCUACUUUAUUUAGCGAACACAGUCGCUGCGGCUAUGUAUCUCGUGGGUGGUGUCGAAAUUAUCUUGCUGUAUAUUUUUCCGGGUUUAACAAUCGGGGGACGUGAAGUACACUCGGAUACAGCUUUAAUGGGAAUGAUGUCACAUAAUCUACGUAUUUACUCAACUCUUCUCCUCAUUCUUGAGUUCGUUAUAGUUGCAAUGGGCGUUCGAUUUGUUCAACUUAUUGCCCCAGUUUCGUUAGUUUGCGUUAUUAUUUCCAUUUUGGCUUGCUAUGCAGGCGGUAUUGUUAGAACUUUGGAUCCGGAAGGUGGACAACAAGGUCCGCUGUCAACAUGGCUUUGUCCAAAUGAGACAUGUUCAGAUUUGGUGAAGAACAAUCCUUUACGGUGUAUAAAUGCGUUUCCGGGCUUUGGAAGUAACGCGCUGAUGGAGAACACGGGGCCGUUCUAUAUGGACAAGGAUGAAUAUGCGCCUGGCCUGGAAGCUGACAGAACUACGGAAAUAUUUCAGGAUGUUCGUACAACGUUCUUCGUUCUAUUGGCUAUUUAUUUCCCAGCUGUAACCGGAAUUUUAACUGGAACAAAUAUGAGUGGUAAGUUACUGGAAGAUACUCUCGCUGAGCUGCUGUUGAUAAUGAUGGUAGAAGGUGAUCUGAAAAAUCCUCAGUCUUCAAUUCCUAGCGGUACAAUUGCGGCUCAAUUGACCACUUCGUUUAUUUACUUCUCACUUGCACUCGUCUUCGGUGCUGCCAUUGAGGGAUCCGUUCUCAGAGAUAAAUAUGGUCAAUCUCUAAGAGGUGGUAUGAUUGUUGCUAAUUUAGCAUGGCCAAGUGCAUGGGUACUUUUAAUCGGAUCGUUCACAUCGACGUUCGGAGCUGCUUUACAGUGUUUAUGUAGUGCUCCUCGAUUACUACAAUCGAUUGCCAAAGACAACGUUAUCCCGAUUCUUCGUCCAUUCGCAAAAGUCACCAAAAAGAAUGAACCUUUUGUUGGAUUGUUAAUGACAACAUUCAUCGCCGAAUUGGCCAUAUUACUCGGUGCAAUGGAUCAAAUUGCUGCCGUAGUUGAUUUCUUCUUUUUGAUGUGUUAUGCAUUCGUAAAUCUCAUUUGCUGUCUUCACUCGUUACUGGGUGCACCAAACUGGCGUCCACGAUUUCGAUAUUAUCAUUGGAGUUUGUCACUUAUCGGCGCCGUGCUAUGUUUCUUCAUAAUGUUCAGCACGCAUUGGGAUUAUGCAAUUGUUUCAUGUGCACUAUGCUUUAUCAUUUAUAAGUAUGUCGAAUGGAAAGGGGCCAAAAAAGAAUGGGGUGACGGUAUUCGUGGAUUGGCUUUAACGACGGCACAAUUCUCUCUGAUGAAAAUCGAUGAGAAAGAUCCACAUCCAAAGAAUUUCAGACCUCAACUAUUGUUGCUGCUUUCAAUGCCAUGGUCGAAAGAAACGCUUGAUUUGCGCUAUAUAAAUUUGAUUCAUCUGGCAUCACAACUGAAAGCAGGUCGUGGCUUAUGUAUCGUUGUUGCUUUCAUUCGUGGUGAUCCGAUGAGCGUUGAAGAUCGCAAAAAAGCCGAAGAGGUUAAAGUGCGUAUGAUGUUCGAUAUGAAUCAAACACGCUUACGUGGCUUCGCAAAAACGUUGGUUUACGGUGAAACUCAGAUAGGCGGUUGUUUGUCGACAUUAAUUCAGAGUGUCGGUAUGGGUGGCCUAAGGCCGAAUACACUUUUGUUAAGCUGGCCGACACAUCAUGAUUUGGAUACUCCGGGUUAUGUGGAUUCAGAAUAUCAUACGUUUACAGAUAAACUUCAUGCUGGCGUAACGAUGGAUAUGUGUCUUAUUGUUGCAAAAGGCAUCACUGAUUUUCCGGUGUCAGCACUUCGUUUGACCGGAACAAUUGAUGUGUACUGGAUUGUGCAAGAUGGUGGCUUAUGCAUUCUUGUCUCUUAUCUUCUCAAACAAAGCAAAGUUUGGCGCGGCUGUAAGCUACGUGUAAUCGCGAUAGCACAAGAACGUGACAAUAAUACAAAAAUGCAAGCCGAAUUACAGCAGUAUGUUUACCAACUGCGUAUCGAUGCUAAAAUUCUGGUAGUCGAACUCGCUGAUCCAGAAAUCUCGACAAAUGCCUUCGAGAGAACACUUCUGAUGGAGGAGAGAACAAAAUUUGUUCAUGAAAUGUAUGAGAACAGACUUCGUGUGCCGACUGCAAAGCCGUCGCCAUUAGUAGUGGCUGAACAACGUGAGAAAGAAAGACGUUCAACAUCAAGCGAUACGAAAUCAGAGUUAAGCGCAGACUUGGCUAUGGAGAAGAAUGGCGAUAUCGAAGAAGAAACCACUAACAAUACCAACAAUGUCGUCGAUAAACAUGAUUCAUCAAGCGGUGCAAGCGAAAACAAAUAUUGCUUGUAUAUAACAAACGUUAGGUUAAAUCAUAGAGAUGUGAACCUGCAACAACAACAGCAACACAAUAAGUCAAAUGAUUCAACCUCUGCAAAAGCUGAACGCAAUAAGAAGUUAAGGGCUUUGGAUAAAAAGAAGGUUCGAAAAAUGCACACAGCCGUUCGACUCAAUGAAUUAAUUGUCGAGCACUCAUCUGAGAGUCAGUUGAUUUUGCUGAAUUUACCAAAGCCCCCCGUUGGCAAGGACGGUCUCGAUGAUUACAUGCACUAUUUGGAAGUGUUGACCGACAAAUUACCUCGUGUUAUGUUCGUGAGGGGUACUGGCAAAGAAGUAAUCACGACAAACUCAUAA